AUUCUCACCGCGCAUGCAUGGCUCAGGGAGCAUGCAGCGCGGCGAUCAAUGUUGCGCUGUGUCCCUAGGACACAGCGGAUCACUAAUCUACGGAAAGAGCUGCAGAUGUCGGCUCGGUCAUGUGAUCAGCUGUGUCCAAUCACAGCUGAUCACAUGGGACAUGUACACUGAUCAUCAGGGCACUGAUGAUCAGUGUGCCCUGAUGAUCAGUGUGGCCCCAGAAGUGCCACCUGUCAGUGUCCAUCAGUGCCAGCUGUCAGUGCUGAACAGUUCCACGUGCCAGUGCCACAUCAAUGCCACAUAUCAGUGCCUACCAGUGCACAUCAAUGCCACAUAUCAGUGCCCAUCUGAGCUGCCUUUCAGUGUCACCCAUCAGUGCCAGUCAGUGCUACCUAUCAAUGCUAAUCAGUGCCACCUAUCAGUG